AAUACUGUCAUGGGCGUUUUUUAUCUGUGUGCGUAUCUACUUAAUAGUUGACAAGUGAAAUCGGAGAAAUCGCUUUGAUAAAUAUUCCAUUAUUUUACAAAAAUGUCCUUUUUCGGGGUGGGAAAUCCCUUUUCUACGCCCGUGGGGCAAAAAAUAGAACAAGCUACAGAUGGGAACCUUCCAUCGGAGAACUGGGCACUAAAUAUGGAGAUAUGUGACAUCAUAAACAGCAGUACAGAUGGACCUAAGGAUGCUGUAAAAGCUAUUAGGAAGAAGUUGACACAGAGUGCUGGCAAAAACUACACUGUGGUCAUGUACACCCUGACAGUAUUGGAGACGUGUGUCAAAAACUGCGGAAAACCAUUUCAUGUUUUGGUCUGCCACAAGGAAUUUAUAUCUGAAUUGGUAAAACUGAUUGGCCCCAAGAAUGACCCUCCGACGGUGGUGCAAGAGAAGGUACUGAGCCUCAUACAGUGCUGGGCAGACGCUUUCCAAAAUCAACCAGACCUUCAGGGUGUAGUGCAGGUGUACAAUGAACUGAAGACCAAGGGUGUGGAGUUCCCAAUGACCGACUUGGAUGCCAUGGCCCCAAUAUUCACACCACAACGGAGCGUGCCGGAUGGCGUGGACGGCCCCGCGGCGGGCUCCCCGCAGCGACCGCCGCCCGGCGAGCCGCCGCGCCCCGCACAGGAACAGGUGUCGGGAACGGUGACGCUAUCCGAGAGUCAAACAAGCAAACUCCGAGCGGACCUCGGCGUCGUGGAGGGCAACAUGUCCGUGAUGAACGACAUGCUGAACGAACUCACCGCUCAGCCGCCCGCGCAGCAUCACCAGAGCGACAUCGAGCUGCUCAACGAGCUGGCGGACACGCUGCGCGCCAUGCAGGGCCGCGUGGCGGAGCUGGUGGCGCGGCUGGCGGGCGGCGCGCCGCUCACGGCCGCGCUGCUGCACGCCAACGACCGCCUCAACAACCUGCUGCUGCGCCACGCGCGCCUGCUCAGCAACAGAAAUGCAGCAACUGGUGCCACUCCGUCCGCCAUUUUGGGCGCCGCUAUGGGAGUCCCGGGCACUACAGAAUCACCAAAGAAGACUGACGACGACGCCCUGAUUGAUCUCAGCGAUGAUGUACCCGACAUUACCAAAUUAACUGUGAAAGACUCCCAGCCGGACAAAUCCCCGGGCGGCAGCUCCAAGGACGAGUUCGACAUGUUUGCGCAGUCGCGGAACGUCAGCUACGAGACCUCCAAGACCGGCGGCAGCAGCUACGCGGACAGUAUGGAGCAGCAGAGCACCGGCUUGGCUGCGGCGGCCAGCCAGCGCGCCACUCAGGCGCAACCGCCUGGAAUUGACGAAAGGGAAAUAGAUGAAAUCUCCGCUUGGUUGGCGGCAGAGAAGGCCGCUACAGAAGCGAACGGCGCUCAAGAAAGCGUCACGAGCAGCGAUUUUGACAAGUUUUUGGCUGAACGCGCGGCCGCAGCCGAAAGUCUACCUAAUGCCCAAGAGAAUAAGCCUCAGACUACCCCGCAGUCCACUCCGCGGCAUAGGCAGAUCAAGAAAGAGGAACAAGAUUCAAUGUUCGCGCUCUGAUAUGUUUUAGCGUAGGCUGUAUGACGAUAUGUUGCUUGUACAAUUGUAUGGGUAUGUAUUUUUUUUUUGUUUCAUGUACAGUCAACUUCACAUACAUACACUAAAUUUGCCUGUAUUACCACGAAAUAGAGUUCAUGCAGGGUUACUUGAUGUGCUCGUUGACUGUACAUCUGACUAAACAAUGUAAUUUUUUCAAGUGUAACAUCCGUGUAGCUUACAGUAUGUAGGAGUGAUUAUGAUGACAGAAAAUAUGGCUUAAGACUACCCCGCGGCAUAGGCAGGUCUAAAAGGAAGAACAAGAUUCCAUAUAAGCGCUCUGAUAUGUUAUGUUGCUUGUGCACUUUUAUGGGUAUGUAUUUUUUUCUUUCAAGUAAUUCAAGUACUUGAAUUUAAUGUCAGUUAUGUAAAAUUGAAUUUCGCUUACAAUAUGUAGGAGUGAUUCAGAAAAUCUAGCACAGAAUACGAGUCAAAUUAAGAAUAAAGAAACAAAAUGUUUUAAUAUAAACAGAAUAACGAUACGUUGUUAAGGCACUUAUUGUUUUUUUUUUGUUUAUUGUAAACUAAACAAUGUCAUAUUCCCAUCUGUAAUCAGUCAGAAAUGGCGUUUCACAUUUCUGUUGACUAUUUCAAUGAAAGAUCGUUUUAACUAUGGCGCUUGAUUUAUUGCAAUGCAGCCAUCUUGAUUCUAUAAACGAUUUUUGUAAAGGACGCUACUUCCACUAAAAUCAUCUUACACAAAAUGUUAAACCAAAUAUUUUUUUUCUUUAUUUAAUUCUGCAUAAAAUUUUGUAAAUUUAACUUUAAAUGAAACUAACAUCUAACAAUUGGAAUUUAACAUUAUAAGUAAUACAAAAUCAGUUAACUAAAUAAAUGGUUACCGCUCCUGUUUAUUGGAUUAAUAUUGUAAUGAAAUCUAAAUAUGUAUAGUGAUAAGGAAAAUAAAUGUUAAAAGGCCACUGAAGAGCUUGGUUAUGGUUAGUUAUUAAACUUAACUUAUUAAACUAAAAGUUUACGAUUAUAAUAUAACUCAUAUUGGAUUGCAUAAUGUAACUUCUGUAUUGUGAAUAAAUGUAUCUCUUGAAAGGACGCAGCUACGUUCCAUAGUGAUAAAAGUCACUGCCUUAUAUGCCUACACUUCAGCUUUCUGAAUUAAUUACAGACUGAAUUUCAAGUAAUAAUCAAAUUAUCUACCCUACUUCUAUGCACGUCACUGGUCGUUGCCAUGUAAUGGAUAAUUAGAUUUUAUUUAAUUCUUUCCGAUUUUGUGUAAGUUCGUCAUAAAUUUCUCUCCCAUACAUUGUACGUGUGACAGGUUUUCGCAAGUAUUUCAUAUACGAGUAUGUCAGCAUUCAAUGUUGUUUUCUCAUCGGAUAUGUGCCGGUGGACCAAAGGGAAGGGCACAGAUUAGUUAGGCGCUAAUCACUCGGGCAGUAGCUUCGCUUAAGUUUCUUAUUUUUUCAAGAUAUAGGUGAUAUAUAUAGUUAGAGACCAUUUGCAUUGUAAGAUCAUAAGUCACUGCAGACGAAAAGGUUAAAAUAAUAAAUAAAAAAAAAACAUCGUCUUUAUCCAUAGCGAGAUGGACAGAGCCUUAACACAUACUUUUUCAUCGCCAUCAUUGUAAGCUAAAUCUUUGUCAUUUGUUCCUCUUGGUCUUCUAUAUCGGGGUAUGUUCUAUUUUACUAGUUAUAGCGAAGCACCCGCCCGUGUCUCUUAGGCCUUAUUCAAUAUGCCGUUUGGUGCCUGGCUUUUCAUAGUCGUCAUUGGAAUAUUUUAAGCUGACUAAUCGAUUGGACCUAAUUUUAAGAAACAACAUAACUAAUUAUUCGUUUUUAAGGUAACACAAUUUGAUGUUGUAGACUGCAAUGAAAUCAUAUUACAGCUGCUGUUUUUAUAUAUUUGAAUUUAAACAAAAGCGAGUAAAAUAUUUUUGGUUUAAAAAUGUCACAAGCAUCAGGUUACCUAAUCUACUACUAGUAAAUAAAAUAUUAGUCAUUUUAUGAAUAAAAAAAAAUAUCAUUAAAUCUUGCCUUGAUAUAUUUUGUAUCCCUUCUCAGCUAUGUCGAUGUCAUUAUUAUGCCCCAAAUGUUUAUUUUCUCUUUUCAGCGGCUGUGAUGUGCGUUCUUAGAAAUCUAGCUUCAUACACACUAUAACGCAUCUUGAUUAAUCAAUUUACAAAGUAAAUAAUUAUAGGGUUGGACCAUCUAUUGUUGUAUAGAAAAAAUCGAACUUGACUCAAGAAGGACAUGUUUAUCUCGGUGUGGUAUGCAAUGUAGAUUUGUGUGUUUAAAUAAAAUAGCAGUCAUUAUUGUGUUCUCACUUUUUAUGCAGAUUAAAGAUAAGCCACUGCGUUAUUUAUAAUUUUCGAAAUAAACAAUGCAAUUAAGUGAUUAAGGUGUAAGAUAAUAAGCAUCGUAAAAAUCUGACCAUAGUAGCGACUAUUGAUUCACUAAGGUCAGAAUUAUA